UAUUAUAAAUAGUAUUUAAAUGGAUGAAUAUAUCAAACAUAGUUCAUUUUUUGAACCCCGAUUGUUGCAUAAUACAUUUGAGAUAACGUUGGGACAAGGAACCUAUAACGAGCAAAUCCAUUCGAGAAGUAAGGUGUCCGGUGAGUGCAUCAUCACCAUCAUCAGCGCAUCAACAUCAACUACGCUAUGUGCGAUCUCUGAUGCACGCGCAUUCUGCUGACCAUCGUGGAGAAUAACCAACCUUUAAACCAUUGACGAGAAAGUGCUGUAGCAAGUAAGGACCAUGACGACGCGCCUGUUCCGUGCUCACGGGGAAUUCUGUGCAACUCAUCCAUGGGAGGUGAUCGUCGCGACGCUUAUGCUGACAGUAUGCAUGCUGACGGUAGAACAGCAGCAGCACGCACCUAUACCGAAGCCGACAACUAGAAGCUGUGUUGGAUGUUUGAACGAGGCCGAAUACAAUGCAGCGGAUGUGAUUGUGAUGACUGUUAUUCGAUGCCUGGCAGUUUUGUAUAGCUACUAUCAAUUCUGCAAUCUGCACCGGCUCGGAUCCAAGUAUAUUCUAGGUAUAGCAGGCUUGUUCACCGUUUUCUCCAGCUUCGUGUUUACCUCAACGGUAUUGAACUUCCUUCGCAUUGACUUCUCCGAAUUGAAAGACGCGUUGUUUUUCUUCCUGCUAUUAAUUGAUCUGUCGAAGGCAGCGAUGCUGGCGGAAUUUGCACUCAGCGCUUCGAAUCAAAACGAAGUGAAAAGUAAUAUCGCGAGAGGAAUGUCAGUGCUCGGUCCUACCAUCACCCUGGAUACCAUUGUCGAAACUCUAGUCAUAGGCGUAGGAACUCUAUCAGGUGUUCACCGGCUCGAAAUGUUGUCCUGUUUCGCAUGCCUUUCAGUCGUUGUUAAUUACGUAGUCUUUAUGACUUUCUACCCGGCAUGUCUGUCCCUCAUUUUAGAGUUGUCACGCACCACAAAUCUCUACGGAAAACGGGACAUCAAGAGGUCCCUCAUCUCACGCGCUCUCAACGAGGAAGACCAGAAGUCCAAUCCAGUUUUGGAAAGGGUGAAGAUCAUAAUGGCUAUCGGACUCAUGAUCGUACAUGCACACAGCUGGUGGCCAUUCAGACAAGAAGAAGACGCGAUUUCACCACUUGUCGUCGAACAACGUAUGACCUUAAACCGCACCGACGAAGCCGCCUUUCAUGGAUAUAUUAUGAAAUGGGUCACCCUUAGUGCAGACCAUAUAGUGAUAUUGAUUCUGCUGCUAGCAUUAGCUGUGAAGUUCAUCUUUUUCGAAAACAAGGAGGAAUUAGAGCUGGGCGCGCGUCUUAUAGAAACCAAGCAGGAUAUUCCAGAGAUUAUAAUGAACGCAGCUGCCCCGAUGCCGUUCUUCAAGCCGAAACAAUUUUUCCUACAAAAUCAGGAUAUCGAGGAUGCACCUCAAGACAAAGAAGUUCAAACGGAACCGGUUGCUGAAGUAGCUAUUAAAUCCGAACCAUCGAAGCCUAGCCGGAGCUUAAAUGAAUGCGUAUCCAUUUAUCAAUCAAACCUGGGAGCUGCGGCACUGAACGAUGAAGAAGUGUUAUUAUUAAUCGAGAAGAAAUACAUCCCCGCUUAUCAAGUUGAGAAAGCGGUUGAUGAUUGUGAGCGCGGUGUUGGAAUACGCAGAAAAAUGGUCGGGCAUAAAGGAAAUUUUACGCAAGCUCUUACCAAUUUACCAUAUAAAAAUUAUGACUAUAGCAAAGUGAUGGGAGCGUGCUGCGAAAAUGUCAUCGGAUAUCUACCAGUUCCAGUUGGAGUUGCGGGACCUCUUUUUUUGGACGGCAAGAAAAUAUUCGUGCCAAUGGCUACGACUGAAGGAUGUUUAGUAGCAAGCACAAACAGAGGAAGCCGGGCUUUGCUCCAGUGCGGUGUUAAGAGUAGGAUCAUCGCCGAUGGCAUGACACGAGGUCCAGUCGUCAGGUUCCCUUCGUUGGACCAUGCAAGCGAAGCGGCUGCAUGGAUGGAAAGGCCAGAAAAUUACGAACAAAUCAAGAACAGCUUCGACUCUAGCAGUAGAUUUGCUAGAUUGAUGCGCAUCCAUAUACGUUUGUUCGGCAGAUCGUUAUACAUACGUUUCGUUGCUAAGACCGGAGAUGCAAUGGGAAUGAAUAUGCUCUCCAAAGGCACAGAGCUGGCUUUAAAAUUCGUUCGCGACAGAUUCCCCGAAAUGGAGAUACUCAGCUUAAGCGGAAACUUCUGCACCGACAAAAAACCGGCGGCCGUCAAUUGGAUCGAAGGUCGCGGUAAAUCCGUGGUCUGUGAAGCGAUUGUCCCUGCUGACAUUGUGCAGAACGUUCUCAAAACUUCUGUUGAUGCUUUGGUCGAUGUGAACAUCUCCAAGAAUCUAAUUGGAUCUGCAGUUGCCGGAAGUAUAGGAGGAUACAACGCUCACGCCGCCAACGUCGUGACAGCCAUCUUCAUAGCAACAGGUCAAGAUCCAGCUCAAAAUGUGGGCAGCAGCAAUUGUAUGACGUUAAUGGAACCAUGGGGUAAAGACGGCCGAGAUCUGUACAUCACCUGCACGAUGCCUUCGAUUGAGAUCGGCACCAUUGGCGGUGGAACUAUUCUUCCGCCCCAAGCAUCUUGCCUAGAGAUGCUGGGUGUUAAAGGCGCAAACUCAGAAUUUCCCGGUGAAAAUGCAAGCCAACUGGCUAGGAUCGUUUGCGCAACAGUCCUGGCUGGUGAACUAUCCUUGAUGGCCGCCUUGACCGCCGGACACUUAGUUCAAAGUCACUUGAGACACAACAGGUCUUCCACUCAUGUGAGCCAAACGAUUGAAAACACAGUCAAGUCUACUACACUCUUACCUCCCUGCAGAGACAAUGUAUAGACAUAAAACAAAUUUAAAUUAACUUAUUUUUUUCUACUUAGUACAGCUGGCUUAAUAUACUAAAAAUUCUUAUUGUACAUAUGUACAUGAUUUACAAAUCAUAAAAAAAAACAAAAUAAGAUUACAAUCGUUUCCUUUGUUAUAUAUUUUUAUAGAACGACUGUGAGAUUUAGAUAUAAGGAAUGGCUGUCUUUAAGGUAUAUAAGCUGAACAAUUAACUUAUUUAUAAUUAUUAUUAUUUUUGUUUUAUUUUAUGUUAUUAAUUCUCAAUUAUUUCUUAUAUUAGCCGUGGUUAGCUAUACUCAAAGAUAAUGCAAUUAUUUAUAGCACGGUACUUUGAACCUCGUAGAACCUAUAGAGGUAAAAAAAAAACAUUGAGAAGUUCAAGGGUAUUAAAGUAUUGAUUAGUUGUUCUUCGCAUUUUACAAGAAGGAAACAGAUAAAUGAAAGAGAUGUGAAGCUUCCAUGUAAAAGUUAUUUGAACUUCACGACCUACCCGUGCCUUCUUCCCACGCUAUUCGUGUAUAAUACGCAGAAGUAUUCCCAAUUACGAAUAUAAAACUCAGCACAUAUCAAUCUGUAUGUCGUCAACUGUUUGUAAUUUUAUAUUUAGAUAUAUCAUAAUUUGUUGUAUUUUAAUUUAAUUAAUUGUUAUUACGGUUUCUUUACCAACUGAAACUGAAAGACAUUUGUAUUUAUCUGUACUUCAUUAGCGAAUUCGCUGAUGACAUUCAUUCAUAAAACGAAUAAGAAUUUCUGGACGAAA